AUGACGUCGUUCAAGGGCCAGAAAUCAACGUUUUUCUUCCAAGAAGAUGACGAAAGAAGACCGCCGGCGAGGCCACCUGCAUUCCGCAGUGCGACCAGCCUGGCGGUGCCGUUGAGUCGAACGACACUGCGAGCCUCGGACUCGGCCAAAAUCGACGAUAUCUUGUUGUUCCCAGUAGAGAACUCCCAUGCAUAUUCCUAUGCACGCUUGUCGCCCAACAGUUUGGCCCUCCGGCUCAAUGUGCUCAAGCGUUCGCUCGAGAUUUUGAACGAGCGGCCGGACUGGAUGCGCCUCAUGAACUCUGUAGUGGGGCGUGGCCAGAUCGACGAAAAGGCUCCCAGCCAGCUCGCUUCGCUACCGACCAUCGACUCCAAUACAAAACUCAACAAUUUCAAAAGAUCUGCAUUUUUACAACCCCUGCAUGCAUCACAGCUCUCGCAGCUGUCUCAAGGAGCUGAUAAAUACAAGCUCAGUAGCAAUGCGUCAUCAGCUGCCCUCAGCGCUUUGUUCAGACCAAAGUUGAGUCGCCUGGAAAGCCAGCCAGUGUCACGAAUUGCUACCGAAACCGGCCCUCUCAAUGUUCUCAAUGUGGCCACUCAAAUUGCUACAUUGAACGAUGACUCCUUUCCUGAUGAUUUGAAGGAUAUAAUAUCUUUGAUUGAAAAUGAUGGAUCUUCUUCCAGCUCUAAAUCGGAGAUUGCCGCAACCUUGCACGACUUAUCUCUUUCCUCAGGUCUGGAAGAAGCUGAAAGAAAACAGAACCUCUUGAAGACGAAGCUAUUGUUUGCGCUAGCAACUCCCUUCGUGGAGUCUUCUGUGAUGACCACUUCACUUCUAUCUGCUUCCACAGGUGGAACUUCUGCAAGCCUUUCAUCUAGUCCAUCAAUGGCUGCACUCAACAUGCUUGGUGCGCAGAACCCAUCCAGCUCUUCUGCUCCAGGAAGCCGCCCUUUUCAUGCCAUUUCUUCCGGGAAGCAUUCAUCCCCACAAUCGAUCGUCACAGUUGAUGCAGAUUUCCCUUGGAACUUCAAAGCUGCUAACGAUCUUGCAUGUCUCAUGUUUGGUGUUUCUAAAAGCAUGAUUCGUAAUCUUACACUCAUGGAUCUCAUUGCUCCACAAUUUCGUAACUUUGUGACCGAGAAAAUGAACCGGGCUAUCGCUGGUGAACUUGAGCAAAGUCCUACUGGUAACAAAAAUAUUAUCUUUGCCGGAGAGAUCAUCGCCAUUUCGCGUCAAGCGGAAGGUGGCUUUGCAUGGACCUCAAUCUGGGCCCAGAAGAAAGGUAAUUUGAUUAUUUGCAUGUUUGAGCAGAUAACAUGUGAUGCAUUCGACUUAACGCUCUCUGUAGAUGUGGAGAAGUACAAUACCGAACCCUACACUAUUAAGGCGAUCGAUGAAGUUGCAGGCUCGUUAAUUUCCAAACUAGGUGCAUCUGGUAUCAAGAAACUCGAUUCAUUUUCAGAAUCUUUGAGCGAGGACUUGAGAAUUCUGUCAUCGAAAAAUGUUGGAGAUGAUGAAUGCGAGAAUCCGGAUUUCGUGGAUUCUGAAUGUCUUUGCAAUCACAGAUACUACACACUUCAACUAAAUGGAGACGAAAAUAUUCCUUGUGCGCUAUCGCUGUAUCCUUUAGAGCGAGAUGAGACUAAAUUUGAGCUCAAAAUUAAGAUACAUGCUAUGCCUUACAUCGCAGGUAUGUUCGUCGUUGACUUCAGCAAUUAUGAAGUUCUCUCUUGCAACAAGGCAAUCGCAAAGAACUUAUUUGGGUUCUCUUCAGAAAACAUCAUCGGCCACCUGAUCGACACUGUGAUUCCUGACUUUAGUCACAUCUUGCAAGCAGGUUUGGAUGACCAAGACGAGCCUUUAGAGAUCAUAUCCGGCUUGGUCUUACCCGAGCACUUUUUCCGCAAAUACCACGCCGUAUUGAAAGAGACUAGGAUCAAUGGAUCUAAAAGUUCGAUGGAAGACAUUUUCCUUUCAUCAAGAGGAAUAGAAGGUAUUCACCGUGAUGGUAAAACUCUAUUUAUCGAUAUUCAAUUGCGUGUUAUCCUGCCUGACAUAUUCGUGCUUUGGGUCACAUACUCUCGGCAUUCUGGAAAGAACAUCACACAGCAAUUGCAGAAGUUGUCUCAUAGUGCCUCCUCUCUCGCCUUGGAAGAAAUGCAAUCUCAUGGAUUGCAUUCAUCCGGUAAAAGCAGCGCAGUUGAUGUUCCUUCGCAAAUGAAAUUAUUCCACGAAAAAGACAUAUUGGAACUCGGUGGUAACAGCAGUAACGAAGUUAGUCGUCAAAGCAGCACUCGCAGGCCAAAAAAGGCAAGUACUUUUGCAGUGCCCGUGACAUACAUCAGCGAUCAAUCACUCUCCAUAAAAGGACGUGGCGGCUUGCGGGCGUUGUCGGUAAGCGAUGCAAGAAGCGAUUCCAUAAUCAGCGAUGACAGCAACGAAAAAAACGAUUCAUUGGAUACUGCAGCUACGACUAAUACUAAUACCAGUGAGAAUCGCUACUAUCAAAACUUCUCUGAAGAUGAAAUUCUUGAUCUUGAGAACAAAGAGAUUGAAAGCAUCAAAAGUCAGGCUAAAUUAUGGCCUACCAAGAUCGGCGAAAAAAAGAGAUCCAAAAAGUUUGAAGAAUUCAAAAUCCUCAAGAAAAUGGGAGAGGGUGCGUACGGAAAGGUUGUGCUCGCAGAACAUAAAGAUGACCCGGCUUACAAAAUUAUCAUUAAGUGUAUUGACAAACAGCGUAUUCUCGUCGAUACCUGGGUUCGUGACCGUCAACUUGGGACGGUUCCUUCCGAGAUUCAGGUUAUGGCAACUCUUAACAAUGAGCCUCAUCCUAACAUUAUGCGUAUCAUUGACUACUUCGAGGAUACAAACUACUAUUAUUUGGAAACGCCUAUUUUUGGUCACCCUCCAGCCAUUGAUUUGUUUGAUUACAUUGAGGUCAAGAAUGACAUGUCUGAAUUGGACUGUCAAUUGAUUUACAAGCAAGUCAUCCUGGCUGUAUACCACUUGCAUAAGCAGGGCAUUGCCCACCGUGAUAUUAAGGAUGAGAACAUUAUCGUGAAUGAAUUUGGAAUUGUUAAACUCAUUGAUUUUGGCAGUGCCGGAUACGUGAAGCUGGGUCCUUUUGAUGUCUUCGUGGGAACCAUUGAUUAUGCCUCACCGGAGGUUUUGCGAGGAGAGAAGUAUGAAGGAAGGCCACAAGACAUCUGGGCUCUAGGCAUCUUACUAUACACGAUGAUCUACAAAGAGAACCCAUUUUAUAAUGUGGACGAAAUCAUGGAAGGUGAUUUGCGGGUGCCAUAUGUGGUAAGCGAUGCGCUGUUGGAGCUCAUCAAGAAGAUUUUGGUGCGUGAGAUCAAGGCCCGUCCAACCAUCACCGACAUAGCCGAACUGGAUUGGCUAGAUGUAUAG